AUGGCAUUGUCCUCCGACGUCGCCCUCGACAUCACGACGGCAAGCGUGUGCGCCGCCCUCAUCAUCGCGCGCCUCGCCUACCGCGUGUUGUUCCGCUGCAAGCUACACCCGACCUGCCACCGAACCUGGCGCAUCGACGACUUUUACAUGACCAUCGCCAUCCUCCCUCUGAUCGGUCGAUCCGCCUGCAUCUCGUUCUCCUUCAUACUAAAUCACGACCACACAUACGAGCCCGCCACCGAGGCAGAGGCCCUUGCUCAGGGCGUCAGCGUCGACCAGCUCAACCACGACAGAAUACUGUCGCACAAACUCUUGAUACCCGGUCGGAUAUGUUAUGCGUUGUUUUUGUGGUGUCUUAAGCUUGGCCUGCUUGCAUUUUAUACGCGCUUUGUUGGAGUCUUUCGAUGGGGAAAGGCUGUCGCGAAUACCCUCUGGGCGUUUAUUGCCCUGACGUUUAUUGCUGUGUUGAUCACCACUUUGACGGAAUGUCACCCACUAUCAUUAAUGUGGAAGCUUCACUCUGAAGAUACCAAAAUAAAAUGCCAACGCGCCCUCGUAAAUCUCAUCCUCAUGGCCGUCUGCAACAUCAUAUCCGACGUCGCAUUAAUCAUCCUCCCCUUUCCGAUCCUCCAACACCUCCGUCUCGAUCUCAAAGCCAAACUCCAACUGGGCUUCCUAUUCAGCGUGGGCGCCGUUGUCGUCGCCAUCACCAUCCUCCGCCUCCCUCUUAUCCUAAACGAAUCCGUAUCUCAACAAUCACGCUCCAAGUGGGCUUCCAUCGAGAUAUUAUGCGCGUGUGUCGUGGCAAACACGCCAUUCUUCUACGCUCUCCUAAAAGACCUUCAACGACAACACGACGACCGAACAGCGGGAACAGCGAGCAUCGCGAAUAGGGGAGAUUUCUAUCUACAGAGUCUACCGUCGUCUUCA